AUGUCACAGAGAGAGGCCAGAGGAAUACCAGUAGUGCCAGGAGUGGGUCAUGGCCAGGCUAAGGCCAAAGCACGGUUGCUGUCAGGCACUGACAGGAAGAGAAGCCACCUCAGCAGGACAAGGCAAGACCUAUGGGAAGACACCAGCUGGAGUGACCAAAGAUGGAGCCAAACUGCCACUGCCACUCGAGGAACCAGAGCUAGGGGACCAGCUUCUGGCAGGAGUGAGGUGAGUCCUGAGAACGCAGCACGAGAGCGGAGCCGAGUGAGAACACUGCGCCAGGCCUUCCUGGCCCUGCAGGCUACUCUGCCCACUGUGCCACCUGACACCAAGCUCUCCAAGUUGGACGUGCUAGUGCUGGCCACCAGCUACAUAGCCCACCUCACCCGCACACUUGGCCAUGAGCCACCUAGCUCUGCCUUACCACCCCUCCUGCGUGGACUCCGAUACUUGCACCCUCUCAAGAAGUGGCCCAUGCGAUCUCGUCUAUAUGCAGGAGGCCUGGGGUGCUCUGAUCUUGACUCCACCACAGCCAUCACUUCCGGUCAAAGAACCAGAGGUGCAGAAGUGGUGCCCCAAGUCUCUGGAGCAGCAGAUGUUCUUCUUCCCACCAAGGCACUCUCUCCAGCUCUUGAUGACAAAUGA